AUGUUCGAAGUUCAUGUAAAAACACUUGACGGCGAAUCCAAAACCUUCCAAAUCGAUGACGAUAAUAUCCCAAUUGAAAGGCAGCGAUUGAUCUUUCAAGGAAAGGUUCUUGUCGAUGACAGAAAAUUGAAAGAUUGUGGUGUUGCAUCGAAUACUAUUCACUUGGUGCCUAGGCCGCCCCCUCGAACAAAUGCUGAUGCGACCGCCUCAUCUUCAAGCCCGAGUGGCUCUCAGCAGCCUCCACUCAACCCUUCAAAUUUCAUGAAUUUUCGACAAACCAUGAACUCUCUUUUUUCAGCUGGACCAAAUUUUUCUCCAGCUGGCAACACGACUUCAAUGCAACCAGAUAGUGGUGGUAAUAUUAACAUUGAAGUUAACGCCUCCUUCGGAGAAAUGUGUAACAACCACUUCCAACAGCUCCAACGCCAAACGACGCAGUUGCUGAAUGCACUGGAUGGUGUCAGUCCAUCAGUCUCGGCUAUAUCAACCCCAUCUAUCAAUGUUGAUGAUCAAGCUACUGUUCCCGCUGGUGCUUCGGAGAGUGGCCUGUCUACCUCAAGUUCAAGCUCGCAUCAAACUUCACCGCUGAACUUUCAGCGCCUCGCGGACAUGCUGGCUGAACAGAGACAGCUGUGGCAAAGAUUAAGUCCUCAUAUGGACCGUUGGGAAGCGAUGCUGCGAAGUGAGCACGAACUCAGGACGAGGACUUCGGACCCUGGGGGAGGUGCAGUCAAUCCAUGUGUCGCUGCCCCUGAUCAUGAUGCCACUCUUGGUACCGCUGGUGCUGCUGAUGUGGAAUUGUCACCGUUACCCACUGACCAGGAGCAAGAGCCUAUGGAUACUUCCGAAGCCUCCACAAGCAUUGACUGGUCGCAGGGGUUUUUCAAUCAAGUCAGCGCUCUGCUCCAUCUCCAUGCUCAUAUGCUUCAUCUCCUCUCCGACUUCUAUGUCAUUUCGACCACUUCUCCAACUGAUCAGCCGACUGCCGGCUCAACUGAUGUGCCCGCUCCCUCUCCAUCGCCUGCACCAGCAGCUGAAGCCCAAACGGGUCCUAUUCCCGCCAUCAGGCCUCAUCAAAGUCGCUCUCUCGUCAUUAACGAGCCGGACUCCUCCAUUCUCUAUGCACAUAUUAACAUUGAACCAACGGUAGUAACCAUAGCCAGACCAGUGGUCAGUCUGUCGCGCGCGGACACUGAAGAGCCUCGAGGUAGGCGAAGGAGUCAAUCAGCCAAUCCACCAUCUUCCGCUCCAUCUGGCGUUGAUGAACACACAGCCUCGGAUACUAUGCCUUUUAUCGUUCCUCGCCAACUUUUCGAAGAUGAGUUUCUUGAAUUUGCUGGUCGUGAGCUCAAGUGUCUUGAAAGUUCUCUGCUC